ACAAUAGAACUUUAAAAGACCACUCAUAUUUUUUAUAUAUAUAUUUUUUACAGAUUUUUUUACAGAUUUUUAUAUAAUUUUUAUAUACUUUUUUAAUAUUUUUAUACGCGUUCAAAUUUGGAAGAAUACCAAGUUCCAACAGAAUCGAACUGCAGGCUAAAUUCCGUAAUAACCAAACGGCAGGGAAAUGCAAAACCCACGUUUGGGUAGUGUGAUUCAACCCGUUCCCAGUAAAGAGGAAAAUAAGCCAAAAUUAUCGGAAACCUAUUUGAAAUGCAUGCAAGAGAGCAGUAUAGGUGUUUUCCCGGAAGAUAAGGGUGCUCUGAAUGCUUAUGAAGUGUAUAAAAGCUCACCGGAGACGAGGUUACUAAAAAGUGAGGCCGAUAAAAAAAGAAUAUAUGCUGACGCGCUUUUACACCCGCCCGGCUUCGCACCCUUAUGGUAUUUAUGCGCAAAAGCGUUAGCAAAAAUGUACGAGCCCAAUGAACUCGUUGAUUUUAUUGAAAACGAUCCCUUAAUAAUGAGAAGCUACUAUGAAGCACUGGAUAUUGAUCUACCUUUGGAGAAGUGUUACUAUAUAGAUGAUGAGCAAUACUGGAAGCGUUAUGUUUUGGCUCGUCACAAAGAUCCGAGUUUGCAAGUUAAGCAAAUCGAUUGGAAAAGUAAGGGCAUUACGAUGAAAUUAGAGAAAUACAUACAGCAAUUAAGUGCGGAAUAUUGGGAUGAAGCAGCAACUGAGAGUUUAUCUGAAAAAAUCAAAUUUUACGUAACAGACCUACAUAUCGAACAUUUGCGACUGAUAGAGGAGCGCAACCUACUGAAACAUGUGAAACGCGACGACAUAUGUACUUCAUCUGGUUCAUCUACGACUAUUGCAAGUAGUGAGGAAGAGCAGCAGCAGCUCGAGUUGGCGGCGGAGGAGGAGGACAUUGAUACGAAGAGUGAAGAAAGCAGGAAGAGCAGCAUGCGUACUUCCCAUACUAGUUCAAACAAACAUGUUUUUUUGGGUCCAACAAUGAAAGAGUAUACCUACAAACAACCCACAGGUUACUACAGGGGAAUGGCAAGUGCAGCGAGUGUUUACUCGACUUGGAAUUACGAUUUGAAAUCAAUGCAUAGUACGUGGAUGGACGCUUAUGAUGCUGAGCUUGAAGAUAAACUAAUAAGGAACGAAAAGAGAAUAGCACAACGUGUAAGACGACAAAAGCGGGCGGAGUGUAAGGAACGUAAGCGUAUCUUGGCAGAGCAGGCGAAAAUUGAGUUCGAGGCAGCGGAAAAGGCGGCCGAGGAAAAGGCUGCGAAGGAUAGACUGGAGAAACGAAGAGCAGAGAGAGAUCGAAAAAAAGGUGAUGUUGAAAUGAUCAGUGUAUUCGAUAUGGAUGUUGAACCGCCAACAGAUGAUGAUAGUGUUGCGUCGAAAGCGCUAAAUAAAGAAAAAAUUAAGCAACUUCAGGUGGCAAUGAGAGAUCCAGCGAUUGCAGAUUAUUGCCAUCAUGUGGAUCUGCGUUUGCUGAAAUAUUUUCCAUUUUUGACCUCCUUGUACAUUCAGUUUAACGGCCCACUGCCACCAGCAAAAUUUGAGGACUGGCAUUUUCAUGUCAGUACGCGCGACAUGGAACGUUUGGCUGAGGGUCUCAGAAGUUUAGGUGGUCUGAAAGUCUUUAGUCUACGCAAUAGUCGUUUGAAUGCAAAUAAACUAUUCAUACUCACCAGAAGUCUGAAGACUAUACACACCUUGAAGAGUGUUGACUUCAGCUAUGAUCAAUUGAAGGAUGAUUGCGGCGAGGGCCUGCAUGAACUUUUCCAAAGAACUACCUCUAUAAUAUCCCUCGAUCUGACCGGUAAUGAGCUCGGCGCUAAUGCUAUUUGCGAUUUGGCGCGGGCACUCGGUGGCUACGAGGGUUACUGUCAGUACUUGAGUUUGGCACACAGCACCAUUAACACAGACGCGUUCAGACUCUUCUGCUUGCAUAUUGCAAAUACAACGCAGGUGCGGGAAUUAUGCCUACGCGGUGCAAUACUCUCACAAGAGGGAAUACAAAGUUGUAUUGCACAGGAGCUGAUACCGCAUUCUAAAGUAUUGCGGGGCAUUGAUUUGUCGGGCGUUGUAAUCAAUAACGAUGUUGCAUGUGAAAUACUAAAGGCAUUAAGGAAUAACUACAAAAUACGGAAAUUUGAUGUGCGCGGUUGUGACUUACCUGCCGAUUUGGAGGUCGAUUUCGAAAUUCUCACUAGAAGAAAUAAAUUUCUCUUUCUGUAUCCAGCAAUUGGCGAUAGAAGGAUAUCUAUCGAGGAUAUCGAUGAAUCUAUCAAAAGAACAAAAAACAAAAUCCUUUUACGUGCAAUAGAAGCAGUAGAAAGGAGAGAAGAGUGCUUGAACUUGCGUCCGAAUUUAUUUCAUCGUGAUAGUGAGGCUGUAAGUUCUAUUUUUAAUUUCCAUCUAGAACCAGCACAUUUAGAAGAUGAAGACGUCGGCGAAGAGGAAGCGGAAGAGGAAUCAUUGGAAGAAGAGGAGUCAAGUUCGAUAACAAAACCAAAAUUUCAAUUUGAAGAUCCAAAUACAUUUGAAAAGAAUGAAAUUAUGUCACGUUUCUGGUAUUUUGAUAUACCAAGGGGACCACAUCCCAAUUACACCAAAAUGGAGGAGAUAAAAGAGGAAGUUAAGACGGAUUACUUUAAUCCCAUACGCAUGAAUACUUUGGGUUUACCACAAGAACAUGACCUAUUGAUAGCAUACGAUGUUUACCGACCAUCAUGGGAGACGCUCGCGUUGAAGUCAGAACAGGGGCGCACCGUGUACGCCGAAAUUUUCAUCGAGAAUCCUAAGUUGGGUCCACUGAGGGAUCUGUGUACACGCGCCUUGACACAGGCCCACACACCGAAGCAAUUGCCACUAAUAUCUGGGGAUCCGUUGAAAUUACGUCUGUACUACGAUUCGCUACGCUUGGAUUUACCAUUGGAAGAAUGCUAUGACAUUACCGACGAGAAAUACUGGCGACGUUUUGUAUUGUCCAAACAUGAGAAUAUUACAUUGACUUUCAAAAAAGAAUACAACUGGCGUAGUCUUGGAUUAUCUAUGAAAUUUGUGGAAUUGGUGGAAGCGUGUCCGGCCGAGUAUUUUCCUAUAGAUGAAAUGCAACCAAUAGCUUUAAAAAUAAAGGAUUAUGUCGACGAAAUGCACAUACGUAAAUUACAAUCGAUGACGGAGAGGUUUUUUAAUGAGCACAUACAUCUCGAUGAUUCUGAAGAGUCCGAAAGCGAUUCAACGGAUGUAGAAUCAAUGACGGUGACGCCACGUUCUACUAUGUCCGCUUCGGAAGAAGAGAUGGGUUCCGAGGAAGAGGAGUUGAAAUCGAAACGUGGCACCACUAAGACUAUGGCUGUUAAAGAAACAAGAAGAGAUAGCGCAGAAGAAGAGAUACCAGAGGUAUAUAAAACGGAAGAAGAAUUGCAAUGGGAACGUAUGCAUGAGGAAAUCAUGGCAGAACGUAAAGAACGUACGCGUGUAUUGAGAGAGGCGCAAGAGAAACGGCGUUUCGAACGACAAAAAAUACGACGCGUACGAGAAUCACAGAAAACAAUGACACCACCUCCUGAUGAGGAGCCUGUAGUUGGUAAAAAGAAGAAAAAAUUCAGAGCAAAGGGUGUUUUCGAUAUGGUUGUUGAACCGCCGGAGGAGGAUGAAGAGCACUUGGUGGUCGAUCGGCGAAAUUUGGAACGUCAACUGAAGACUAUGAAGAAGCUCGUUUAUCCGACCAGGCUAUGUCAUCAUGUGAGCUUACGUUUUCUGCGCUUUUUUGAGAAUCUAGUCACUUUCACUAUAGAGUUUCGCGGUCCGGAUAUGAAACGUGACUUUCACGAAAGACACCUGAAGUUCUCUUACGCCGAUAUGGAGGGGCUGGCUUAUGGUAUCUCGUUUCUGCAAAAGCUUAAGACAUUCCGUCUACGUUCCAGCUAUAUGGAUGCCCGAAAAUUAUAUAUACUCGCCAAGUCACUGAAAUGCUUGCAGAGCAUAGAAACUAUUGAUUUCGGUUACGAUUGCUUGGGUGAUGAUUGCGGUUUAGGUUUGUUUGAGUUAUUCCGUCAUACGGACACUAUAAAAUCGCUCGAACUGGAGCAUAAUUCGAUUGGUGCACAUGCUUUGCACUUUUUGGCGAUCGGUCUUAGCCAAUAUGCUGGCAAAUUGGAAUAUCUCGGUCUAGCUGGCAAUCCGCUGGGUGAACGUGGUCUACACGAGCUCAGCACAAAGGUUCUCGGUACACAAAACAUCACACAAUUGAAUGUGCGUACUUCACAGAUGACCGAAUCGGCGAUUAUUUGCUGCAUCGCCAAUGAAUUUCUAAAGCACCCGCCGCUCCGCUGGUUGGAUCUGCGCGCAGUGCCCAUUAGUGCGAAAGCUGGUGAAGAAAUCUUGACUGUGUUGCAAUACAACACCACCUUAAUGCAUUGUGAUGUACGUAAUUGCCUAUUGGAUGCCGAUCUUGAAAUCGAUAUAGAUAUAAUUUUGAAACGCAAUCACUAUAUUGCCGAGAAUCCGUACUUGAAUGAUUACACGAAGACUAUGGACGAGAUUGAUGCAUUUGUCAACCGCAUUAAAAAUCCGAUUUUAUUGCGCGCAAUAGAUGCUGUGGAGAAACGCGCUGAAUGUUUAAAGAACCGUCCACCAGAAUUUACACGAGACAGCGAGAAACAAUACAUAGAGGAAACGGAGAGUACAACAACACAACAAAAUAUCAUAUCUCUGACUAGGUCAAUCACAAGCGCAGAACCACAUAUGUUGUCUACAUCAUCGUCUAUCGACGUUGAAUUAGAAAAUGUGCCCUUCGUUUAUGAUCCAAAUAGUUUUACCGAAGAAGAGUUCCUCGAGCAUGUUUAUCUACCUGGGGCGGGAGAACGUUAUUUCUACUUUACGGAGUUGCAACAGCUGCGUUUGAGUCAAAUAACUUAAGCAACUUUAAUGCUUGACGACGAAAGCUAAAAGGCGAAACGAGUAUCUAAUCAAGGAAAUGAAAUGAAAUGAGCAAUAAAUAAACAACGGCAAGAAAACAUGAAAAGAGCAGUUGAAAGUCAACGAACGAAAGCAAAG